ACACAGCAGCUCCUUCUCCUGCAGAAAAUUACAAUCUCUAUCUGACUGUUAUAACCAACCAACCAUGCGCACCAAGGCGUGGUGCUCUUGAUCCUCAUUUACAUCUCGCUUUUUUAGCAAGUUUCAAUUUUACGAGACGACCAUCUUUUUCCAUCCAGAUGUGCAGCCAAUGAGCAGCCUCCUUCCUCCAGCGAGGGAAGGAGGCGGAGGAAGGAAUGCUGCAGGAUGCUUAUUAUCAUGGCUGUCAAACCCGGUGGCGAUUAGAUUAAACCUGCUUUUUCAUGUCAGAUUUAAGAAGAUGAGAAGCACCAUGUCCGCAGCAGGUGUCGCGGUGUGGCUCGGCACAGGUACGUGCCGAUUAAACUCGGGGAUAUGGGGGAUAUUCAUGCUUUUUGUCCUCGAUGUAGCGUCCAUGUUUGUUAGCUCGCUAGUUAGCUUAGCUGCUGCGCUCAUAUUUUCCAGGAGGCUGAGGGGGGACAUGGAAAAACUGGCUAACUAUAGACAGCGAUACCGUUAGACGGGCUGACAGCCUUAAAAUUUAACAUUGAAGGGAUAUCUUUUGUGAAAUAACCUUAAAAAGGACAGUAUUAUCAUCAAUAUCGUACCUUAUUCUGCUAGUUUUGCUUUUAUUGCCGUUGGUAAGCAGCGUUUGUGCCCUCGCGCAGGCCUGUUUACCUGUGGUCCAGGUGUUUUAUGGAUGCCCAAUUAAAAAGCUAAAACCUCAUAAAUGAUAUAUGUAGUUGCUCUAGAUGGAUUCAGAGCUUUGUUAAAUGAGGUAGGCAAAGGGACAGCAUACGUAUUAUUCCAGCUGUGUAUCACAGGUGCACACAUCCCUCAUCAGUGAAAAUAUGUAUUCAUUAUUUACAGUUUAAAACAGUAAUUAAGGUCCAACUAAGGCAGUCUAAUGCUAACCCAUGGUAGUAGCAUUGUUUGGUAAAAUUGAGGUGCAGAUUUAAGUUAAAAUUCAGAUUUUUAUGUUUAUGAAGUCAGAGCAGGUAAAUAAUAAAUCAGUAUUUGAGUUAUUUACCCUUCACCUGCAACAGACUUUCAUUCAGGCUUAUUCAACUUCUUUUUUUUUACGCAGAAAGGCUGUGACAUUUUUUUUUAUUGUGCUCUUUAAAAGUUUCUCUGCUUUUACAGUGUGUAUAUACAGGUUUAAAAUAAUGCAUAAAAAGAAACAUCAGUUUACCAUCAAAUAAAAAAAAAAUCUAUUUUUAUGUCAUUAUGGUGUAUGAAGUUUGCUUUUUCUAGGUCUCAACAAUGCCACAUACUUUCAAUUGAAGCUUAAAAAAUCAGCUGCAAAACUUUAUAAAAAAUGUGUUCUUUGUGGUUCUUGUGUUAGAUUUACAUUUAUUUAUGCCUAGUGCUCAAUUAACAUUCAAAGUGUAUCGAUCUGAGGCUCUAAAGACACAAAUGUUCCAUUCAUGCUCUCAUUCAUUGAUCCAGUAGUUUACAUUGUGCAUGCCUAUGAUGCCAAAGACACAACUUUGCAUGAGAGAAAUGUCCGUAUGGGGAGAUCCAUGAGCUUGAAGCAGAGAACAGCCCUGCACAGAGAUGGUGAGUGGGUGUGUGCAGUGGUGCACUUCACUGUUGACCCGUUGUCCCCUCCCCCCAUCAUAACACAGUGACACGCUCAACUGGUUCCCCAUUAAUACUGGCAUUAUUGUCUUCAGUUAUUCGCUGUCCCACUUGGACUUACAAUACUUUUGUUGUCGCAGCAGUUUGCUGGAUUUAAACUUUGUCUGAACUUCCUCCACAAUCAUAAUCCAUAAAACAAUAGCCUGUUUCUUCUUUUCAACAUGAUACUGAUCAUUUAAAACAAUCCUUUAUAGAAAUGAUUGAUUUACAUACCUUUAUAACGCGCUAGAAGACUCAACUGUGUAUGUCAUGUCCACUCUCCUCUUCAGUCUUCGCCUUCUGCCUCUUGUGACACAAACUACUUUCACUUCCAGGUCUGUGUUUAGAACUACAAGCCUCAAAUGCAUCACAGCCUCGCUCCAAACAGUAGCGAUCCUUGUUGUCUGCAUUUCCCCUCAAACACCAAAAAAGGCACAUGCGUUCCUCCUGACCCCCGGACGCCGACAUGCACACAUAACGCUGAUUCAACAAAACAGAAGAACAUCCCUUUUUGAGCUUUGCCUGAGCUGUCUAAUGGCCAUGGUUCGUAGGGACGGUGUUGGUUUAACUCUGAGGCAUCAUUCCUGAGAUUUCAGCCAAUGCAAGGGCAGCCCAGGGGGGCACAUAAUCUGGUUAGCCAUUUCUGUAACCUUCAAGGCCUGUUAGUGAUCAGCUCUUAGAAAAAAACAUGAGCAAGACUGUCAGUAGAGUCAAAUUCCUGCAAUAUGUUUCAUACUUUUUAACAAUUUUUUUUUCAUUUUUACUCGUUUAACCAGCAAGAUCAAGCUUGUUUUGUGUGUUAGCAGGUAUUCUUUUAACCAGAGCAUGAGCAGGUUCAGUAUUAACCAGUAAUUGGUGAUGUAUUAUGUGCAAGUCCAUCAUCUCAAGAAGGCUUGGCAGGAACUCAGCCUCCUGCAAAUAAGCUGAUCUGAUGCAGCUUAGCUAGUGAUCUUAACUCAGACUUUUAGAGGCUGCAGUCAAAGGUGAGGCAGCAGGAACCUGUGAAGCUGACAGAGGGCUGCUGAGAGUGCUGGUUAGGCUUGACUGUUUGUUGUUGCAUGGAGGCUUAAAUGUUGAGAGGCUGGAGCCCGUUUCAAAUCCCACAGGUCAUUUUCUAUUCCUCAAACGAUUAAGUGAGAGCGAGCCAUCUGUGCUCUCCUGCCUGUCUCAUCUGGGGACGUGUCACAAGUGUUCACAACGCGUCCGGGAGGGUCUCUGAGCGGAGGAGAAUAGCCGGUGUUUGACCUUGACCGGGAGCCUUUGACUGUGUGGUCCUUUUGUGCGGUGAAGAAUUGAUGAGGCCCAAUGGGUCCUGGUAAUAGAAUCCGAGCGUGUGCAUUCAGAGGGGGAUUUACAGAUCGACUGAUGCCAUCGUUAGACCCUGUAUCAAGAUUUAUUUUUAGUGUCUGGACGACCUGGAUGUCUAGGGGUGCAGUGGGUCAGUCAUGCUCAGGUGGACUCCUUUAUCCGUUCUGGGACAGGACACACCAUCUAGUCUAGAAGUCACCCCACAUUUAAAGCCUAAUAAACACUAUUGAUUCUACCUAGCUAUGAGCCCUUAGGACACACGACAUAUGGCUGGCUCAGCACCUGUUUUGAGACACAGAUGUUGCUCAGUUUAAGACACAGAGGGGACUGGUUUAUAACUUUACACUUCUAGUGACACAUGAUCACACUCACUCAGAUUGCAGUUAGGUAGUUUGGUCUUGUAGAUAUGGCCCUCUUUAAUAAUCUGCGGCUUACUGUGUCACCUAAUCUUCCCUAACCCCUUUGUGCACCCUGGUAAUAGAUAAUGCUUAACAACUGAAGAUCACAUACUGACUUCCUUUUUCAUGACCAGGGAUUAAAAUGUAAAUCCUGCUCUAUUACUCUCUUCAGCAGGGACUCUCCUUGGAAAUCAGUGUCUGCUCCAGGAAAGGGCUUUCAGUGUGGAACAGGAGCUGAAGCCCACUUUGUUAUAGCCCCCUAAAAGAGAAAAACAGCAGAGUCGAGAAAAUGAUCAAAUGCGUACUCCUCAUAUGGUAUGACUCUCUAAGCCUGUUAAAGGUCUAAAAAGUAGGGCUGUAAAGUCCUAGUCGACUGGUCGACUUAUUGGUCGAUACUGCUGAGUCAACCUAAAUUCUGAUCGGUCGAUUUGAUUGUUUUCCACGUCCAUUUACAGUCUAUGGCUGUGUCCGAAAUGGAUCCCUAACCCCUAUAUAGGCGACUAUACGGGGGUUAGCGCCAUUUUGAGGGGUGUCCAAAACCUGAGUCAUCAAUUCCAAUGCCCCAUAUAGGCGACCCAAAAUUUCCCAUAGAGCAUUGCAAAAUGUAGUGACCAUCCGAUGGUCACUCACUGGUGGUGGGCAUCCUGUCAUGCAUUGCGUCUUGCCAUGUAGUGUCCAAAACCUCCAUAGUCAGCUAUGUAGUGAAAUUCCAUAUGGGGGUUAGGGAUUGAGUGAUUCAUUUCAGACACAGCCUAUGUUAAUUUCUUCAGAAGGAACGUACCAAAUGCUAAAGGGGCGUUUUCAGAAAACCCCCUAACAGGUAACAGCCUGUCUCAGAACACCCCCCUUGUUUUCACCAUUUUGGAUUUGUCCAACCCACUGGAGACCAGAUGGAGACAGGAAGAUUGAAGAGCAUCAACGCUAAUCGACGAGUGGUGGCUCGCUGUAUAUGUUUAUUUUACCCUUUAGUGUUUAAUUGCGUUCUUGUGCCGAUAUCAGUAUAUUUUCAUCUCACAGAGCCACGCUCCGUGGAGCCGCAUCAUCCCCCACUGCACAAGGGUUUGCCAUCACAGUCUGAACCCCCCUCCCUUCCCGAUUAGUCGAUUUUUGGUCGAAUUUCAGGGUUUUAGUCGACUAAGAAUUUCUUUGGUUGAUUGCAGCACUACUAAAAAGAGGCCCUGCUAGCUGUGUCUUGGCUCCCUUUUUAUGCAUUUUCAGCCUCAUUAUCGCUGAAAUUCAACCAUUAAAUUCCUUAUUUUCUUAAUUGUAUUCUGUCACUCAGUAUCCAACCUUCCAUCCUACACCGAAACAAGCAAACUAAAACUUCAGCUUCUAAAUGUCAGUUAUUGGUCUUAUGAACUAAGAAUAAUCAGUAUCAGUCCGCCCCCGUUAAAAAUAAAGACCAAAGUACAACCUCAGUCCCAAACACACUGGAGCAUUGUGUCCAGUUUUUCAACAACAUAAUUUGGUUGAAAAUUCUGCAAAGACAACAUAAGAAAUGUUAGAAUCAUCAUUUUUAGAUUUGAUGCCAACAAUGAAGAUGGGCACAGCUUUACAGCUACUAUUGUAGUGAACAUGCUGUUAUCAUAAUCUGAUUAUUUAAGGGACUUUGCGUGACUGUAACCUUUUCUAAAUAAGUGAAAAAGUAAAGUCAGGAUCCCUGCUGUGCUCCAAAUUAUCUCACAGGGUUGUAAUAUUCACGUAUGGAAUGACUGAUGUAGAACAUGUUAAAUUGAUGCCUAUUUUAAGACAAAAGUGUGGAUAAAUGAUGGUGGAAAAUGAAAUCAGUGACAUUUUGCUAGCUUGGGGCACAAACAGCAUUUUCAUGCUAUCUUGUUGGAGUGCAAUGUGACUGAAGUUUCAUUUCUUCAGGCCAGAACAGUCCGAACCCUAUCCUCUUAUGCAUUGUGGCAACGAACUCCUGCCUCUCCCUGUUUUUCUUCUUCCACCCCCUCCUCCUCCACCUCCCCCUUCUCCUCUUCCUUGUGCUCUCAGUCUCCCAUGGUGAUUAAAAAUUGAAUGCCCACCCACUCAGAGAAGAAAGAAAGAGAGGAAAUAAGGAGUUGGGGAGACAGCUGAGAAAGAAACCCUGUCCCAAGAAGGCAAGAGUGCAAAAGAGAGAAAGAGGGGCAGAGCUGAGCAUUCACCUCUGCUCUGAGAGUGUGCAGAGUUUUGGAGAGGGACUGCCAUUUUACCCAGAAUGCCCUUUAUGAAUACCAACCAAAUGGUUGUGUUUAAAAUGGAGUGCUGCUCACAGACUGGACGCCAGAUUUGAAAACAGCUUGAUCUUAUUUCCUUUGCUCCCAGAGUCCUACAAGGUCCAGGUCUGUAGAUAACAAUUGCGAUUUUUGCCGGCGUGCUUUGCAGCCGCUGCUCUGUAUCCUUGGGUAAACCAAAUGCAACCGCCUUUGUGAGAACACGGACACCAUGCAAGAAUCGUAGACACAUUUAUCACAGCAAAAGCAUCGAUCCUCAGUGUGUGAAGAAGGUUAAAAGGCGCCAGUAACCCAAGUGUGUGUGUGCUUUAUUUGUUUUCACCUCAAUUAACACCUUAGCUGUUUUUCUAAUCAGUGCUUUAGGCGGGUCAUCAUGAUGAUGAUGAAUCAAACACUUAGAACAAAAGGAAAAGUCGACUUCUACUCCCAGGAACUUACUUCUGUUAUGUUUGGUGUUUGUGUUUCAGUGGUGACCAUCUUGUCCAGGUCUCAUGCAGACCGUAACGUGUACCCGUCUGCAGGAGUGCUGUUUGUGCAUGUUCUGGAGAGAGAGUACUUCAAAGGAGAGUUUCCCCCCUACCCAAAGUCAGGUAUGACACCAUCACAGUCACAUUUCACUUCAUUAUUUCUCUUCCUGUUGAAAUUUGGAUCUUAUAAAAGGAAGUUUUUGGUGCAGCCAUUUCUCAAAUGCAGCAGAGCGCUGUCUAUUCAUCAUGUGUCUCUUGUAAAAAUGCUUAGCUGCUGCUGGCAACACGUCCACAAAUCAGCUAAUGGCUCUAAAUGUUCAUUGCUGGAUUGGUUUUGGCAUGAAUGGGAUCAUUAAGCGGCUCUGCCCACAGGUGAUGCCAGCAACGAUCCGAUUACUUUCAACACCAACCUGAUGGGCUACCCCGACAGGCCCGGCUGGCUGCGCUACAUCCAGAGGACACCGCACAGCGAUGGGGUGCUUUACGGCUCUCCUACUGCGGAGCAUGUUGGGAAGGCCACAGUCAUAGAGGUGGGCGGUGGGAGUGCUUUGACUCAAGUGUUUAAACUUGUUUGAUAUGUGCAGUAAGGGAAAGUGAUUGUGCUGUGUGGAAAGUGAUGAAAAAAAUCUAAAGCAGUGAGUGUUAAUGAUCCAUAAAUCUCAGCCAGUUCAAUAGGAGGCGGUGUCGAAUGUGCAGCUACACAUUUAAAUUGAUUAAACUUGGCAUGGCUGAUUUUUAUGCCUUAAGUAAUAACAUAGUGCAAUGUUAUGCUCAGAGUCUUCAGCCUUAAAUUCCAUUAUGUUUUUUCAUGCCUUCUUUGUCCCCCAUAAGCUACUGUAGGAAAUUCUUCUCCCAAAAGGCUUAACGUUCCCAGCGGUGCACAUGUGCCUAUAUCGGCGCCUCAGUCGGGUACAGAGCCUGCGUGGUGUUUCUGCCUCGGCCUGGUCCAAGGGGGGGGGACUGCUGCCAUAUAAGCUUCACUGAUCUGGGCUUAAACUUUCACCCCUGUGUGUUGCAGAUUACUGCCUAUAACAGACGCACUUUCGAGACAGCCCGGCACAACUUGGUCAUAAACGUCAUGGCUACAGAAGGUAAGAGGCGCCAGUGCGAGAGCUUAGGGCAAACACAGAUCAGACUGUGCAGCUUCCCUGAUUAAAUCCUGGGGGCACAUUCAGCACUUUAAUGACCCGGGCUGGAGAGAAAGCGAGACGCCAUUGAUCACUUUUGUCCCGGACUUAUCAAUAAUCUAUAGAAAAGCAGUGAAUAGUUUAGCUUGAACCGUGUUUUCAUGAGUUCAGUCACAGCCAAACUGUAAUUAUACAGUCAGGAACUCGUGUUUCAUGGUUUAUUAAGUGUCCCUAAAGGGCUGUCAUUAUUAGUUAGUGUUUGUUCAGGCUUGUAUGAACACACAGUUCUACAUCGAUACAGAGUGUGACAGUACUGAGUAUUUAUAAUACAUUUAUGAGUAUCAGCAGUUCAAUUAGCUCUUAAAUCUGUGCAUGCUUGUUAACCAGCACGGUAUAAACUGAGCACCAACAUGACGUCACUCUACCUGUUCUCUGAAGUCAUCAAGAAGGAGACCAAGUCGUACCAAAGAGGGGCAGACACACCAGCGCCUGUUGUCCAGACUGGUGGAGCUGCCCUCCUGUCUCCUUUGUCUAGUAACUCUCUCCUCUCCCUCCCUUUGCACAGAGUUCCCUCUUCCCUUCCAGGCCGAGUUUUACAUCAAAAACAUGAACGUGGAGGAGAUGCUGGCCAGUGAGGUGCUGGGCGACUUUUUAGGAGCAGUGAAGAACGUGUGGCAGCCUGAGCGCCUCAACGCCAUCAAUAUCACCUCUGCGCUGGACCGAGGUGGCCGUGUGCCCCUGCCCAUCAACAACCUCAAGGAAGGGUGAGGAAUUUGAAUCUUUUCGGGGUUACUUAAGGGUUUUGAAAGCCUGUCAUGUCCUGAUGAAGGCCUCAGUGGCUGAAAUGUGCAGGCAUACUUCUACCGUGUUUUUUGUGGCCCUAAAAAGUAAAGAAAUUUGAGGGAAAUUUCAGGCAGCAAUUUUCAAUUCUUAAAACUCCAGUUCAAUAACCAAGAGGUUUUCCAGUCCGAGAUUCUUGGCUUCUCUUUCACCCUCUAAAUCAAACAUGUUGCUUGUAUCUUCGGCCCACAUAUUGUGCAGAGAUUUCAUUUCAUUGGGGCCUCAGGAAUCUGAAGCUUGCUGUGAAUUAGCAGAGUACACUUGGUCCUGAGCACUAACAGACGCCGUCAGCUGCUCUCUGUCAGAAGGGACCGGCCCACAUAAACUGCCAUAAGAUGUGCAUCAAAGAUUCAUGCUGACGUUUGGAAGACGAAAGCAUCUCAUGAACACUCAGUGGAGGGAAAAUGCUGCGACUGUUAUGAGCCUGAGCAUCAACUCGUCACGAAAUGAGGCUCCAUCUCCCCCUCCUCUCUCAUGCUCUGUACGUCCCUGUCUGUCCCUCUCCAGGGUUUAUGUGAUGGUUGGUGCUGAUGUUCCCUUCUCCUCAUGCCUGCGGGAGGUGGAGAGUCCUCAUAACCAGCUGCGCUGCAGUCAGGAGAUGGAGCCAGUCAUCAGCUGUGACAAGAAGUUCAGAGCUCAGUUUCACAUAGAUUGGUGUAAGAUCUCUCUGGUAAGGAUGGACCUGAAGUAAAACUGAAAAUAGAGGUUUCUUUGCACUUCCUGAUGAAACAUCUCACUGAGGGCUGUUUGAUUUGAUUUUUAACUUUAAAAGCAGGAAGUUAGGGAGAGACUUAUCAUAGGUAUUGAUUGACUUUUGUAGGAAAUAGUGCUGAGUGGAGGAGAAUUCAAACACAAACAGAGUGAGGACAUUUACUGUAAUUUCACCCACCUUUAAGAUCCUGCUUAUGCCAGGUGCUGGAUAUUACGAUCUGAAGCUGUUCAUUGUUUGCAGUAGUGUGACAGAUUAACAUUCAUGCAGUCAUUGAUUCUGUCGGUAUUUUGUUGAAGGAAUGUGGAUAAUUUAGUUAGUAUAAUUUUGUAGUAUUUCUGAUCUUACAGAAUGGAGCUAAUUCCGAUCUCAUCUUUUAAGCAAACUCAUUAUUUAUACUCUAAGUGUUUUCAUUCAGUUCCAUAACUUAAGAUCGACCAGAAGUCACUUAUACUUUAAAUAAAAGCAUAGCUUUACAGUGCAGUUAAUAAAGUUACCUAAAAACAAGUAUCAAAAUAAAAGCAUGACAAUUAGUUUUUUUUAGAGGCAUUGUCAUCUCCAAAGAGGUGUUGGUCAUGGGCCUGUGAUGUGGAUAAGUAAUAAAUGUAAACAUUAUCAGAAACAGCUGAUCACAUGUAAGUUAAUACAGAAGUAUUGUGUUGCUUCACCCUCGUCUUGCCUUUCCUCACUUUUACUUGUUGCGUUGUCUUGAAAAUCCAGUAUCUCAUCAGCCCUUAUUUUAUCAGUGAAUUUAUUAGUUAGUCUGCAGGAAAAUGCCAUUAUAGGACCUACAGUUGGUAAACCCUGAAAGGGGGGAAAGUACUCGACUCUUGCUGGUGCUAAUUAAAAGGGUUUUUUAAAUAUGUAUCACCAAUGUACAAAAGUUACUUUUACUUUUUCCCUCAGGUCGACAUCAACAAAGUUGUACCAGUGUACAUCCCCCGUCCCGACCCAGGCACUGGGAUUCUGCCUGAGUUUGCUCCGUAUGACCCCCCCUCCGAGUCUCUGAAGAGCCGGGACUACUUUUCAGACUUCCUCAUCACGCUGGCCGUUCCAUCCGCUGUGGCACUGGUCCUCUUCUUCAUCCUCGGCUACGCCAUGUGCUGCAAACGUGAAGGGGUGUAAGUGUGCUCUUGUGGUCUUGUACUAAUGCAAAUAUAGCUUCAGACAGCCCCACAAACAUUGGAGGGAAGAGCAGAGUCUGUCCUGAAGUGUAUGAGAACCAAAAUGGAAGAUAGGAUGAAUAGAGCAGGAUGUUGAAAUAAGAGACAUGAUCUGGACUUGGAUUGCAGCUUUUCAUUUCCAUCCGGUUGCAUUUAUAUUCAGUUUUUAAUCUAUAUUUUGAUUCUUUUUCUUUUUUUUUUUUAACAUGUACAUCAUAGUGUCUGAGGCACAGCAGUGACAUUCAUCCUCGAUAAAGUCAUUCACCAUUUUUUCAUCAUUUACAGGCUGGGAGAGACGUGCCCCCUCGUUCAUUCAACGCCCCACAUCCACCGCCAUUCCCACUCUGUCUUUACCCAUCCACUUGUGUGUAGAUGUGUGUUUAACUAUUAAUAUUAGUAUUUAAUUCAUCCAUUUUGUUUUGUUCCUAGGGAAAAAAGAAACAUGCAAACACCAGAGUAAGUGUUUUACCUCUCCUGCUGUGUUUUGCUUUAUUUUGGCUCUGUUUCUGCCUCCUCCCCUCUCUCUCUCUUUGUUUGCAGUUUUGUCAUCUAUGUUGUCACUGACAGCUUUCUCAUUCCCAUUCAUAUGCUCAUGUGUGUGUUGACAUCUUUCAUCCAAUGGGCUGCUCCAAAAAUUCAAAGGCCAGACGUAGGUGAUUAAUGGUGUUGAAGUAGAAAAGGUCUUGAAACAUACAUGAAUCUUUGAAUAGUCAGAGAAGGCUGCAGUGUUAGGUGAAGGUGGAUGUUCUGUUUCUGUCUUGCAUGCAUGGACUGAUUGCAGAGCUUCCUCCUGCAGUGACUAAGUGAUUGCUCAUAAAAAAGAAAAAAAAAAAACAGUUUUACAGUCAAAGAGGCAUUGCAUACGGGCUGAAGCAAAUUAACAACACUGACAAUGAUGGGAACACAAGCUCAUAGGUGUAAACUCCGCUGCCUCUUCCCUCUCCAGCAUUCAGCUGGUUCACCACAGCUCCAUCCAGAAGUCCACCAAGGAGCUGCGGAGCAUGUCUAAGAACCGAGAGAUCUCCUGGCCGCUCUCCACUCUGCCGGUCUUCAACCCGGUCAGCGGCGAGGUGGUGCCACCGAUCCAUCCUGACAACUAUGAGACCACCAGCAUGCCCCUCAUGCAGACACAGACGUGAGUGGAAAAUAAAUAGUAAAGUAGUGUGAAGAGAGCACUCACUUUUGAUACAGUCUUUGCCAUUUAAAAAGUGAGCUGCAUAACUUAACCCUCUGAAAGCAGAGAGGUUACAAUAACACCUUAAAAUAAUAGUGAUAUGUGACAUUAAGUUCAUUACCCUUUUGGAGUGCUGAUUCAAUCAAAAAGACUCCUCGAUUUAAGACCAGUGACCGUCCUUCAAAGUUGGACUGUGUCAUACAUUUAACAGAUCAGACGUUUCAACCGCAGCCUUCUUGAUUUUAUGACUAUUCUUUCAGAACUGGCCAUAUUUCGCAUGAAUUAUCAUCGGACAUUUUCAGAUGGCAGGAUUGUCCUCAGGUCACAUUCAGGAUGAGAAGCUCAAAUAAUGGUUAAGAUGUCCUGCUGUGUUCUGGGUUUGCUGAGUCAUACAAGAGUCUUCAACGUUUGCUUCCAUAUCACUGCGUCUCGCUUAAGGAGGUGUUCAAAUCUGGAGGUGCUUUGAGCCACAUGUCAUGUGAAAAACAGUUCUUUGGUGCGGUUUAGCUCAGCAGUUACAGCCCUACAGAGAAGAGUAGCCACAGUCACAGCUUCUCUCACACAGCUGUCCUCUGCUUUCCUUUCAAACUAAGGGAAAAAUUACAAAGUUUACAAGUAAUUACAAGUAAUGGUUUAGUAACUUGUUAGCUUAGUAAAGGAUAGUGCAAAUGAACUGGUGGUUGAGCAACCACCCACUAAGCUGACAAGUUGACACGAAGUAUAGGACUACAGAUGAUCUUAUCGAUCUGAAAAGGAUAAACUUGACACCAAGGCCCUUAAACUACAUGCUGUAUUGUCAGUUUUUACUCCUAAUUUGGCCAACUAUUAUUAAAUAUAUAACAAGCUGUAUUGAGGACAACUUUAAUCAAGCAGUAAAUACUGUUUACUUAUAAGAGAAAUGUUUACUGAGCUUAUAGAUGAGAUGAGAAGUACAGUAAUUUUAUCCUUUGGUGUUAACCAUCGACUGUAUAUAGAAUGGACGUCAUCUGCCUCUUUGCUGGGUGAGCACCCUCUGGUGACUGGUUGCAGUAUAGGUCAUAAACCCCGCCUCCUCUAGCAAAAUGAAUGCAGCUGUGGACAAACUUCAGAAAUUAAUUACACAGACUAUAAUUUUUUUCCCCCCUGCUUGUGAUGUUGACAUGUAGUUACUGUAAGACUGGUUUGUGCUCAAGUCGUCUGUUUUUCUGUGCAGCUCCUUUUUUAAAAGUUAUUAAAGGGUUCAUGUUUUCUAUGAUUGACACUUGAUACAGCCUAUGGGCGUACAAAGGCUGGGGAGGACAUCCAGGGGGUGAUUCUCCUGCUGAACGCUACUGCACAAAUGCCAGUAUCAGGAAAUGCAGAAAAUUCUUGGAAAUAGCAAGAGUAAUUUUGCUUCAAAUUUGUGUAUUGCCGGUUUAUGGUCUUCGGUUACUUUGUUACCAGUGGAAUCACCCCCUGAUGGCCUUUACAAAGAAUGCAGGUUUAAGGCCUGUUCGCACUGACUUUCCUUUGAGACUUUUUUGCUCCGUCUGCUUUUGUACCGUCACACCGUAUGUUGGUGAAUAAACAGAGUGUCAAACAGCCGCCUGUGCUCACAUGAAGAGCGCACAUGCACCCACGCUCAUUAGCAGCCACACAGAAGCAUGGCUUAGAGGAGAAACACGAGCCCUGACAAUACCAUUAUUGUUUAAUCUCGCUUUAAGAGCCUCUAACUAUGCAAUGUUUACAGCGAAAGCUAUAAGGAGCAUGUCUGGCCUUUAGGGGUGAAAAAAAAAACACCACCACAGCUUAAGAGACUCAAGCCGUCCCAUGAUUUUUCUUAAUGGGCUUGAAGCUCAGAAAAAAUUUGCUAAUACAACAUGCUUUCACAUGAUACUAAAAGGUUCUGUGCUGUAUGUGCAAGGCUGUUUGCCUCAUUAUGAUUGUUUGUGAUUUCAGGAAUCUGCAAAACCAGAUUACGAUACCACAGCAGCGGCCAUCAGGUGGGUGUUUUCUUCAUUUGUAAGGUAGUCUAACAAUCUAAUUCCACCUGCAUGUGACUGAAUUAGCAAGAAAAGGCCUGGGUUCUAGAGAAAGGACAAAUAAAACUACAAUCUGUCUCUUCUGUACUAGUUUGGGAAUAUAUCACUGAGCUGCUGUCAUGUCUGUCCAGUCUGGCUCAAGCCUCUGCAAACCCAGCCUUGUGCAUGUGUGUGAGCGCCCCCCAGUGUGCAUGAAGCUCAUCUGCAUGACAGUAUCAGCACUAACCUGCUGCUCUUUUUCAUUCACUGCUAACAAAGGAGAGAAUUAUGUCAUGUCAACAUUUCGAAGGCUGGAGGUAGGUCUUACUGAAGAGUUUCUUUUCCUGAACACCUCCUUACUGCUGGAAAAACACGUACUUUUCAUGUGACGACAAAUGUCUGGGUUUAUUCCAGGUAAAUGGUAUUCCUGAGGAGAGGAAGGUGGCCGAAGCACUGAAUUUGUGACCAGAAACCAGUGUUGAUUCCAUAUCUAUACGUUUUUAUUUCCUAACAAUUGUGCCAAUCUGCAUGCCUCAAGUGUUUUCAGAAUUUGCCGUCCAUGUGCACUUACACCUCAAAAGAGUGAGAGUGUGAAACUAAGAGAAGAGCUUAGCCCAUUAGUAAUAUAUAUUAGAGUAUUUUUAAAUAUAUGUGUAAAGAAUUCUGACUUUUAGUGUUUCUACUUGCUUUGCACAACAGAGGAAAAGGGAAUUUUACAAAGAAAUGCUUUACAUGUCAUGUGUUAAUUAUAUGUAAUUUGUCACAUGAGAAUAAAUUCUUACAAACGGGU